AUGCAGUACGUCCGAAGUCUAGGGAGCGGUGUCUCCAAGACAUGGAAUUCCAUCAACCCGGCAACCUUGUCCGGGGCCAUUGAUGUUAUUGUUAUUGAGCAGCCUGACGGAUCUCUGGCCUGUUCGCCUUUCCAUGUGCGCUUUGGCAAGUUCUCUUUGCUGCGGCCUUCAGACAAAAAGGUCGAAUUUAAAGUCAAUGGAGUCACUCAGCCUUACGCCAUGAAACUCGGGGAUGGAGGAGAAGCCUUCUUUGUCUUCGAGACAUCGAGUGAUAUCCCCGAAGGGUUACAGACGUCUCCUUUAAUUUCUCCCGCCAGCAGUCCACCUAUAAAUGCUGAAGACAGACCUCCCUCCCCUGGUCUUUCGGAACCGACCUACCUGGAUAUUUCAGAGGCAGCAAAGGGUCGCAAUACCCCUCCCAUUUCAAGUUCAGCUCCUGUUCCUAUAAUAAGACGGGAGGGGACGAACAUGAGCGAAGAAAUGGACCUGGGUCAGAUAUACACUGAUCCAACUGCAACCCCUCUAUCCGAUACGACCAUUACCGCUCCUGCUUCACUGGGGCGAGCAGCAUCGGAAGAAAUCCUGCCCAUCGCUACGCGAGAGCAAUUGGAUUUGGUUAGUGGAGCUUUUCGCAACAGCGGCAUCCCUCCUUCGCCCCCUAAGUUUGGCCUGGAUGGGGCUGCUACUCCAAAAGCUUCCGGUUCCGCAAGUCCUCCUGCUCUGAAACCGAAACAAGCAUAUGACCGAGCAAUGACCCUCUCCAAGAAACUUUCUUCUUCCAAUAUCCGAUCUCAAGUUACCGAGUCUGGAGACCUAAUGCUUGACAUGACGGGGUAUAAGACAAGUGAGCCCGAAGCUCUGCGAGCAGAAGCCGUGGCCCGGAAAAUCCUCUCGGAAGAACUGGAGGGGAACUACGAUAUUGGGUCUUUGAUUGGGACUGACGAGCACGGGAACCUGUGGAUAUAUAGCAGCGAGGAAGCUCGAGACGCGGCUGCUCGAAAAUGGAUGUCUCAGAACCCCGAGUCGAGUACUGCGCUUUCAGCGGACAACAUCUCUGAUCCUGGCUACCACAGCGACAGCGACCGUAGCGCCUCGCCGCAGCUUACAGCGAAAACGUCUGGCCAUCAACGGGCACAGUCUGAAGAGAUCCAACCGUCUCGCACGUCCGGAGAGCAAGCUCGAAAUUUCGCAAAGACGCUCCGGCUGACGAGCGAUCAACUGAAGUCACUUGACCUCAAACGGGGCGAAAAUCAAAUGUCAUUCACCGUUAACCGCGCGACAUGUAUAGCUUACAUGUUUUACUGGACCUGUGACGUCCCAAUUGUCAUAUCGGAUAUUGAUGGUACAAUCACCAAAUCGGAUGCAUUGGGCCAUCUGCUCAACAUGGUUGGGCGGGACUGGACGCAUGUCGGUGUGGCCAAAUUGUACUCGGACAUCCAUGCCAAUGGCUACAACAUCUUUUACUUGACAAGUCGCUCUGUUGGACAAGCCGACACAACCCGAACCUAUCUCAACGGCAUUACACAAGAUGGCUGGAAACUGCCUCGCGGGCCGGUGAUCAUGAGCCCCGAUCGUACGAUUGCGGCAUUGCGGCGAGAGAUCUACUUGCGGAAACCGGAAGUGUUCAAAAUGGCCUGUCUGAGAGAUAUCCUCAACUUGUUUCCUGGCAAGACAAACCCAUUCUACGCCGGGUUCGGCAAUCGUUUCACGGACGCGCUGAGUUACCGCAGCGUCAACAUCCCUUCGACGCGGAUCUUCACCAUCAACACCAAUGCAGAGGUGUCGCUCGAUUUGUUGACGCUAAACAAAUACCGCAGCAGCUAUGUGUCGAUGCGUGAGUUGGUUGACCACUUCUUCCCGCCUGUGUCGACGCUGGUGAGGGAGGGAGGAGAGGAAUAUACCGACUUUACAUACUGGCGGGAUACGCCGCAGGACCUGGAAGACUUCACGCCGACAGAUUCAGAAGAGGAGGAUGAAGAGGACGAAGAUCUAGACGACGAGGAAGACGAAGCAGAGAUCGCGUCCGACAAUGGGCUGGGUGACAGCUUCAUCUCGCGAGAGAGCAUGGACGACUCUGCGCUGAGCGAGUCGAUCCGAGAAUCGAUCGAAAUGGACGACGCAGCUGAGAUGCUCGAGGCUACAAGGAUGGGCACAAGAGGUCGACCAAACGACCAGGACUUUACAGGUGAUUAUCUGGAAGACAUUCCGCGGCGGGCGGCGAGACAAAACACAGUCUAG